AGAGCGACGAGCCAAGUUUUGGUUGACGAGUUUAGCUCGUUAAAUGGCAUUAUUAGCUAAGGUUAUGAUAGUGUAAUAGUUAGAUAUUUGAUCGCUACGUGUAGUCAUGACUGUGACGUAUGAAGACUGAUAGGCCACGCGGAACUAACUGUCGAGUGCUACAAAAGCUAAAGCUUCUGUAUUAUGGUGUAUCCCAGUUCAGCCAUGCAGUCAGACGGGGACAGUGGACUGGUAGACCUGGAGGCCCAGUUGGCCAGUAAAGAGAGGGAGUGGAAGGAGCUCCUGGCUGCAAGGGUUCAUCAACUGGAGAGUUCCCUCCAACAGGCCCAGGAGGAGUACUCCUCCCUCAGAGAACGUUACCAGCAACUGAGGGAAGAUUUCCAGUUCAACCUGGCCAUCCUGGAUGAAAGAGACAGAGAGCUAGAGAGAUAUGAUGUCAUAACUGCGAGAGCUCUGACUGUGGAACACAACAGGCAGGGAGAGCUGAACCAGCUCUGUAUGCAGGUUGCUCAGCUGGAGAGGCAGAGAGCCAGAGAAACUCAGGAGAGGCAGGAGGAGCUCAGGCUGCAGUUGGACAUGCUCAAGAGCUCAAUGGCUGGUGAAAUUCAAAAGCAAACAGAGGAGUAUGACAGGAUGAAGCAGGAUUUGCAGAGCAGAAUACAAGAGAUGGAAGGAGAGCUGAUCCUACAGAGACAGGAGAUGACAGCAGCUUUUGACAGUGAGCUCAGACAGCGGGAGCAUGAGUUCAAUAUAAAAAUAGAUGAGAUGUGCGCUCUGGUGCUGUCUCAUGAUCUCAAGGUGAAGCUGCUGUCUAAAGAGACUGAAGUUCACUGCCAUGCUCAGCAUCACACUGCAGAGGCUCUUAAAGCUUCGAAGGAGUUCUGUCAGCAGAUACAAACCCAGCUGCAACACAAAGACCAGGAGAUCAAACACCUCACUAAUGUCAAGGACAACAAGAUAAAGGAGCUUGAGGACAAGCUGAAAGGGAUGGGGACCAUACUGAAGAAAGAGGAGGAUAAGCACAUUAAGAAAUAUGCAAAUGUGGUCCAGACUCUGAUGGAGUGUGAUGGGCAGCUGGAGGAUCAGUAUCAGGCCCUCACAGAGCAGCUGCAGAAGGCUGAGAGACACAUCAUUAAACUACAGGGGAGCAUAGACAUUCUGGCUGCACGUGUAUGCUGCAUACAGGAAGACCAUCAGGAGGCCAUGAAAGAGAAAGAUGAGACAAUCCAGAGCUACAAGCAGCAACUAAGUGUUGGUUUGAAGAGAGAGAGGGCCUUAGAACAGAUGCAAGUCCAGAUGGAGCUGGAGUGGCAGAGACGCUGUGAGGACAUGAAGGUGCAGUGCUACCUUGUGAAUGAGCAGCAAAUACAAGAUCUGACCAAGGCUCGAGACCAGGUUAAAGCAGAGCUGAAGGAGAAAGAACAAGAUCUGCAGGACUUGACUGUCUUACUACGUUCUGUUCAAACUGAGAGAGACCAGGCAGUACAGGGUCUCACACCAAAGAUAGAUUCUCUGGCAUCAGAAGAGAUCUGUUGUCUGCAGCAGCAGAACAGCAUCCUGCGGGCUGUGGUUAACCAGAUGAGGAAGGACAUGGAGGGUCUCACCCAUCCCCAGGCCCAGCCACAAGCCUCCUCUCCUCAGACAGUUCAGCAUUCAGAAGCCCCUGCAGCUAAAACUCAGAUGGCCACUGGAUUACCAACCCAAUCAACUGACAUCUCCUUCAAAGUCAGUGCACCAGGUGGUCUGUCCCAGGAGAAGGAUACCAAUGCCUCUGCUCUGGCAAAGCAGGAGGUCAGAAUGGCACAUAUGGAGUCUGCUCUUGCCAGCCUCAUGGAACAGAGUGCACUCGUGGGACAGCUCAGAGAGGAGAACCUGUAUUUGCCACAGCAGCAGGCGUCCAGCCUGAAGUAUGGUAGUUUGUUUGAAAAUGUGCAGAGCGCUAAAAGCAAUACCAGGCUAAAGCAGGCAGCAUCCCGUAUUGCUCGUCUGAGCAGAGAGAAACAGCAGCUGAUAGAGAUAGGCAACCGCCUCCGUGCACAAAUAACCACAGCUGGACCACAGGAACCAGUGGAGCCAGAGAGGGACUCGUCCACAGAGAAACAAGGAGACCAUCAUGAUGGGCUGAUUGCUUUGGAACAGCUGCAGUACCAGCUCACCACACAGGAGCUACAAUAUGCACUGAGGCAGAGGGCUGGCACUUUUGCUGAACAACUUCUACUUGGAAAAAACAGCCCAGAUUCUGCCACAAAAGGGGCUGCCAACCCCUGGUGCAAAGGGUUCAAAAUCACAGAGAGGCCUGAGAGCUCCAAGAACAAAGAGAACAAGCUCAGCCAAUCACAGAGCUCCAUGGACGUGGGGCUGCAGCCCAACUCAGGUCUGUCCAUGUCUCAUCUGUCAUCAGAGGAGUCACAGCAGUCCUUAAAGGAGCUGUGGGACGUACUGGACCAUGGAGCCAGUCUGUCGAUUUUCUCAGAAGGCGAGGCUGAGCUGAGCAGGAGGGAGGUGGCUGAGUCCGGUGGUGCUGAAGUCCAAAUGACAGUGCAUGGUAUAAAAGCUCCCAUUCAUAGCCAGUUCCCAACGGAGGUCCAGCAGAAGAGGAACCCCUCUAAAACACCAUCAAACACUGCCAGGACCAGCAGACCUGGAUCCACAGGCAGAAGGUGCAAGAUCAGAAACUACAAUGUUAAAGUCUGACAUACUGUCAGUACACUGCUUAUGUGAGUCCUGAUCAGCCUUUGUCAAGUCAAGUCAAAUAACCCUUAUUAGGUCACAGGGCUGUCAUUAGGAUUAUUGCCGUCAAAAAUUCAUAACAGCAAGCCUUCAUUACAGCGGCAUGGAGUGUGAAAGGGAGCGUCUAACCAAAGGAAGGUUUUUAAUUGGACCUUCUUUCUUUUUAUAUACUUUAUUAAUCCCCCUGAGGGGAAAUUCAAUUCAAUUCAAUUUUUCCAUAACACCCAAACUCAAUAAUCUGCAUUACAUUUUGGAAUAUGUAUGUAUUAUUACAUUGUAGUAAACUCGCCUUUUUUUCAUGGGUUGCUUAACAGCAACAGAUAAUUAUUUGCUAAACAGCAUGAUUAGAUACCAUUUUAUUUUGUAAUGUUUGGGUAAUGACUUAUGCUCUGUUAUAAAUAUGUUCUUACUUUAAUAAAAAUAUUUU